UGUCAAAGCCACUUUGCAGACCUCUCUCUUCUCCUGUUUUUCUUUGCGUUUCUUGCAUUAUUGCCAGAUUCUGACCUAGACUCUCACUGUUUCUCUGCUUUCCUCGACCUAUCUAUCUCUAUUUUAUUCUUCCUUCACGGACUCUAGAGGACCUGCCCUUGGCAAGGCAAACCCAACCGCGACCAAUCAGUUCGGCGCACCAGAAACAAGCAUAAUAGGGACUUUUUAUAACGUAGUCCGCCAGUGCGAAAGACGCUUUUUCCCCGACAGCCAAGAUGGUGUACAUCCGGCAACAUGAAUUAUCGAACUUGAAGAACUAUCGAUAUGCAGGCGUGGACCAUUCGCUCAUCAGUCGAUAUGUCCUCAAACCGUUCUAUAAUAAUUUUGUGAUCAAGUUCUUUCCCAUGAGCAUGGCACCUAAUGCUAUCACUUUGACAGGCCUAUUCUUCGUCUUGAUCAACCUCUUUACCGUUCUAUACUAUAACCCAAGCCUGGAUCAGGACUGUCCACCAUGGGUCUAUGCCAGUUGCGCCAUCGGGCUAUUCUUGUACCAGACGUUUGACGCUGUAGACGGAAUCCAAGCAAGGAGAACUAAGCAGAGCGGCCCUCUUGGCGAGCUUUUUGAUCACAGUGUUGACGCCUGCAACACGGCCCUGGGAGUCUUGAUAUUCGCCGGAGUCAUGAACCUCGGCCAGACUUGGGCUACUGUUCUGACACUUUUUGGAUCUACCAUGACCUUCUAUGUCCAGACCUGGGAUAUGUAUUAUACACAAGUGUUGACGUUGGGCAUCGUCUCUGGUCCUGUUGAAGGGGUACUGACGCUUUGUGUUGUCUUCGGGUUCACCGCAUAUAUGGGAGGCGGAAGUUUCUGGCACCAGCCUAUGUUCGAAACGAUCGGUGUUCCUAAACUCGAGUUCAUCCCUAAGCAGCUCUAUGACUUGCCCUUCACGCAGUGGUAUCUCAUUUAUGGUGCGGUCAUGCUUUUCUUCGCCACUGGCUCGAGCAUCGCGCAUGUCAUCCAGGUUCGCAAGGAACGUGGUAAGGAUUCGAUUGGUCCACUCUUCGGUAUCCUUCCUCUCGCCUUGACGUGGGUAGUUGUACCGGCGUACCUGUACCUAAACCCGACAAUCCUCGAGAACUACCUGGUUCCCUUUGCCCUGUAUGUCGGCCUGGUCAACGCGUAUGCCGUUGGACGAAUAAUAUGUGCCCAUUUGGUACACCAAGACUUUCCCUAUUUCAACAUUCUUCUUGGACCUCUUGCUUUGGCUGUUGUUGACAGUGCCGGUGCACUUUUUGGUGUCUGGUCGUCAACUCUGAUUGGUACAAUCGGACAGCCUGCUUUCGUUUUCCUAUGCCUGGGUCUGGGCCUUGGCGUCUACGGGAGCUUUGUGCAUGAUAUCAUUACCACCAUUUGUGAUUAUAUUGAUAUCUGGUGUUUGACAAUCAAGCACCCCUAUGUGCCAGAGGAGUCCGUCAACGGCAAUGUGGUUCGAGCAGCUAAGAAGAACCUAUAG